AAGUGCUCGUGUAGGGGGAGGGGUGUCCCGUCGGCAGGCACACAGACAGCAGGCAGCAGCUGCGGCGACAGCACCCGGCACCGUUACACUGCGUUCAGACAUCCACAUUACAGCUCUCAGCUACGACAAAACACGCAGCGGGCAGCACCAAAACCGGCCUCUAAAAUGGUAGACCGCGAGCAAUUGGUGCAGAAAGCCAGGCUGGCCGAGCAGGCGGAGAGGUAUGAUGAUAUGGCAGCUGCCAUGAAGUCGGUCACAGAGCUGAACGAGCCGCUCUCCAAUGAGGAGAGGAACCUCCUGUCCGUGGCCUACAAGAACGUGGUCGGGGCGAGACGCUCGUCCUGGCGCGUCAUCUCCAGCAUCGAGCAGAAGACGUCGGCAGACGGCAACGAGAAGAAGAUCGAGAUGGUGCGGGCCUACCGGGAAAAGAUCGAGAAGGAGCUGGAGACGGUCUGCCAGGACGUGCUCAACCUCCUCGACAACUUCCUGAUCAAGAACUGCAACGAGACGCAGCACGAGAGCAAAGUCUUCUACCUGAAGAUGAAGGGCGACUACUACCGCUACCUGGCCGAGGUCGCCACGGGCGAGAAGAGGGCCGCGGUGGUGGAGUCCUCCGAGAAGUCCUACAGCGAGGCCCACGAGAUCAGCAAGGAGCACAUGCAGCCCACCCACCCCAUCCGCCUGGGCCUGGCCCUCAACUACUCCGUCUUCUACUACGAGAUCCAGAACGCCCCCGAGCAGGCGUGCCACCUGGCCAAGACCGCCUUCGACGACGCCAUCGCCGAGCUGGACACCCUCAACGAGGACUCCUACAAAGACUCCACUCUCAUCAUGCAGCUGCUUCGAGACAACUUGACGCUGUGGACGAGCGACCAGCAGGACGAUGAGGGAGGCGAGGGCAACAACUAAAGAGUCCAAAACCUCAUUCUGCCAAAUCAACACAACACGUGCGCUCACAAAAUGAUGACAAAAAUAGUAAUUGUUAAAAAGUUCUUAAUUUAAACAAGAAAAAAAACAACAAAAAACAAAACGAAAAAAAAAAAAAAAAAGAUGGGAGGGUGGGGGAACAUCGGCUACCGUUUUAGCCGACGGUACCGACGUGGCUGCUGUUCUUUAUUUUUCCACAAUUAAAAGCGAAAAGAUCGUAGAAGGAGGGAAGACGUGUUUAGUUUGAGAAAUAUGCUAUGAUUACUUAAAAAAAAAAAAGAGAGAGAGAGAAAAACACCCAA